AUGGCACCCCUUGAUUUUGAUACUCUUAAAGAUUUGCACAUUUCUGCAAAUGAACUCCUUCAUUCUCCAAUAGUUCAACAAGCUCUUGUUUAUGAAGAAAAAUGGGUUAAUGAUGUCUCAGAGUCAUCUCUGAGGAUGUUAGAGGUGUGUGGUAUCUCCAAAGAUGUUCUUUUGCUAGUAAAAGAACACCUUCAAGAACUUCAAUUUACUUUAUGCAGAGCAAGUAUUGGUGAACCAAGAAUUGAGGAAAAAAUCACAGCAUACAAUUGCUAUAGGAAGAAGUUGAAGAAAGAGAUUCUAAAGUGUUUGAAGGGUAUGAAGAGUAAAACAGUCACUUUGCACCCUCUAAUGGAAGAACAAAAACUAAAGUUGGUUGUUGAUGUGCUAAGAGAAGUAAGGGUGGCCAACAUUUCCAUUGUGGAAUCACUAUUGUUCCUAAUUUCCUCGCCCUGGUUGGAUUCAAAAUCAAGGAAAUUGUCUUUCACGUCAAAGCUUAUGCGUGUGAGUUUGCAGAAUUCGGAUGAUAUCUAUGAUGCCAUGGUGCUUCAAAGUGCAAACAAAAGGUUAGCAGGGGUUCAGAUGGCAAUAGAAGAUCUUGAGGUUGAGUUGGAAAACAUGUUUAGACGUUUGAUCCACACAAGGGUUUUGCUUCUAAACAUACUUACCAACUAG